UUGUUGAUUGUUUUUAUAGAUAAGCCAAGACGAAGUUUAGUGUCCUUUCUCGGGCUUAUUAUUUAAUUCAAAGUGGAAUAUGAUCUUGUUACAGUGUCAUGUGUGUUUGUAAAGUGUCAUGGAAGAAUUGGUCGGAGAUGAGGCAGUGCAAUUGUUUAUGAAUUUCAGUCGAAGUGACUUUGUAGGAGGAAUUGACAAUGAAGCCCUGGAUUUUAGUCAACUUGAGGACUAUAUCAAUGAUGAGACGGAUAGUAGUAACACGUAUUUUGGUAGCACGUUAGCACACACGGGGAAUGUAGCCCCUGUGGUGGUGAGCGUGGGUGUGGGCGUGGAGGGAGGGAGCAGCACCCUCCAUAUCCCGGCGACGGCCAAUCAAGUGGCGCACCAUGCCAGCUUCCCAGCCAAUAAUACUCCCAGCAAUGGCGUUCCUGUUCCCGUCCCCGGCACCGAUUCGACCAACAACUUUUCACACCCACACAACUUGCCGGAAAGCCCGCCGGACUCCGGAUCAGAGCCGCCAUAUUCGCCACAGGACCCGAACGUUCAUUCACCUCAUCAAAAACCAAAUGUAGCCAAUUGCAAUGCCAAUUUACAAGACCUCCUUCUGCAAUCUGGUGGGUUGGGGUUUGGAAAAGCAAUUCCGGCAGCCAACGAAGCAAUUCUGGUCCAGCAUUCUCCAGCCCUGACACCACUCCUAACUCAGCAGCAAGUCACACAACAUGCGCCUCUCUCGCCCAUCGGCCUAUCGGCCAAUGGAACAACCACAAUCGGCAUCCCAGCCCAAACGCACAAUGGAAUUUCAUCUCCCGAAUCACCUAACAUCACCACAGUUUACACGCCUCUCCAUACAACAUCAACCAAAAAACGAAAGUUGUCUCAAGAUAACCCUAAUAUCCUGGUCAAACAAGAACCUGCUGGAACUGUGUUCGGUGCAACAGAGCUUUCGCCAGAUGCCAACUCAAAUCACACAGCUCUAGGGAACAGCUCAGGGUUGUCAAACAUUGAGGAUGACUACAGUUAUCAGGAGGGCUCAGGUGGUGCUGGUAGCGAUACUGGCAUGUACCUCGAUUCAAAUUUUCAAUGUAUCCGCUUUCAGCCCUUCCAACAAACAGCAUGGCACUCACUGUGUGACCAGAAUCUCAAGGAGUUGCCUACCCCACAUUACAGAGUAGAUGCAGACAAGGGCUUCAAUUUCUCAAAUGCUGAUGACGCAUUUGUCUGCCAGAAAAAGAAUCAUUUUCAGAUAACGUGCCACACACAGCUGCAGGGUGAUGCGCAAUUUGUCAAAACCCCAGAGGGGCUCCGAAAGAUUUGUAACUUCCAUUUACACUUUUAUGGAGUGAAAGUUGAAUCUCCAUCUCAGACCAUCAAAGUUGAGCAAUCUCAGAGUGAUCGAAGUAAAAAAGCCUUCCAUCCUGUCCUAGUUGAUUUGCACGGCGAGCAGGUAACGAAGGUGACAGUGGGUCGACUUCAUUUCAGCGAAACAACAUCCAAUAACAUGAGGAAGAAAGGAAAGCCAAAUCCAGAUCAGCGAUACUUCUAUUUAGUUGUAGGCUUACAUGCACACUGUAAUGAUAAUAGUCACUAUCCAAUUGUGUCUCAUGCGUCGGAAAGAAUCAUCGUCAGGGCCUUUUUGUUUCAGGCGUCAAACCCUGGGCAGUUUGAAAGUGACGUUGAGUUAUGUUGGCAACGAGGGAGCUCUCCAGAAUCUGUGUUCCACGCAGGAAGAGUGGGCAUCAACACAGACCGACCUGAUGAGGCACUAGUUGUUCAUGGAAACGUCAAAAUCAGUGGACAUAUCAUACAGCCGUCAGACGCUCGGGCUAAACAAGAUAUAGAAAUAUGUGAUACUCGUGAGCAGCUCCGAAAUGUACAGCAGCUAAGCGUGGUGAAAUUCAAGUACACGCCUGAAUUCGCCUCACACUUUGGGCUUGUAUCCUCCGGUGACACUGGCAUCAUCGCGCAAGAAGUACAAAAAGUUCUACCGGAAGCUGUAACCAUGGCAGGAGAUGUUACGCUUGCGGACGGAACAAAAUACGAUAAUUUCCUAGUUGUUAAUAAGGAGCGAAUAUUCAUGGAAAAUGUUGGUGCUGUGAAAGAGCUAUGUAAGGUGACAGACAACCUUGAGACUAGAAUCGGGCAGCUAGAAAGAAUCAACAAGCGGCUCAUUGGGCUCAAAAGAGGCGAUAGUUUGAAGUCCAUUGCCUCUUCGAUAUCUUUUCGAAAGAAUGGAAAUAUUAGUAAGAAGAAGAAACAAAUAGACAACAAUGAUUUUUGCUCAAAUCGUGUCAUACAAUGCACAAUCGUAAUUCUCAUUCUAAUCAUGACUUUGUGCCUUUUUGCAAUGGCUGCAUUAUAUUUCUUCGAAUACACAAAUCGUAGUGGUGUUGAGCAUCCUGUUCAUUUUAGUCAAAAAUUCGGUGGGCCAUGGCUGAGACCUGCAGCAAAUCUUCCCAAUUGGGGCUAUGGCCAAAAUUCAUCCUAUAUUUAUCACUCUAACUACACCAACUACAUUGGUCGGAAUCAGCCUGACAAAUCCCCAUCAAAGAACUUCAGCCGUUUCAGAUCGACUGCCCAACCGUACAAUUCAUCAGAAUUCCGCGCUGGUAGUAACAGUCAGCUGAAACACUCCAAACAUAACAGCAAAAUGAAGCUUGGCCACAGCACAGCUUCAGUCUCUGUGGAUGAAACAAAAGACCACACGGAAGACUUGCUAACCCCAAGCUCUGUUGUUCCACUCGGGAGACCUCUUUACUGUGAGCGUUCACAAACUCCGCUUCAAUUUUUAAGCGAAUCAGCGUAUCCAACACUAUGUCAAGAAGCAAAAGAGACAUUCUGCUGUCUUCCAGCUUUACAUAAUUCGGGUGGAGAUGAAAAUUCUGGGCUGUCCCAGUCAACUUCCAAUCCUAAACCAGACGUUCCUCCUGAAAAUCAUAACUUCGGACGACAAAUUCAGAUUACCCCAGCAACAAAUGCCCUGGAGGAUCAUCCAGGUAGUGGAUCUGGGGAUAGCGUUAAAACCAUCACAGCCGACAACUUGCUCAAAAAAGAGGCACCUUCGUGGCAUGAAACCAAAUCGUCCAUUGAAUAUCUUGCGAGGCGCAAACGGAAGCGAAGGAAUUCUGAAGAAUGGAGUGACAGGGAUGUGUUUGCCACCUCUGUGCAAAAUUCAGAUGCUGAUCAAAACGGAGUCCUGAUGCAAGUGAGAGGGCCAUCAUUCAAUGAAACCAUCGGUCUGGACUAUUGUAAUGUGGUCAGUCCUGAAUAUAAUCUUUGUCUGGGAAGAUCAGCGACAAACCUUAGCUAUGCAAUUCCUCUCAGUAAAUAUCUUGCUGAUCCCGUUAUCUCGGUUGUCUUCAAGUUUACGAAAGAUUUCCAAGGAGAGGAAACAGUGCGCUUUUGUCCGGUGCCAGGAGGCCGGCAAGAGUGUCCUGUGAGCAGACCAGAACACCUAUACAACUCUUCCCAGGCUGAUAAGCUGGUCGAACAAGAUGCAAGCGGUCAGAUCUUCAACAUUGAUAUCUCAAGUUCUCUCUUCGCAACUUUCCGAUACAGGAUUCCAAGGAUACAAACAAACCACAAUGUGUGCAACAUACCUGGCAACAAGCUAGGAGCCUCUUUCCUGGAGUAUAACAUAUAUUUCUAUCGAGACUGUGAAGGUUGAACCUCUUCCCAUGUGCUGAAAAGGUGCUAGUAAAAUUUGAAUGAACUUUCAAAUAUGCCAGUAAUCUAGUGUAACUGAGGUUCUGCUAUCUUGUAUCAACUGUCUUCAAGCAAAAAACUGUAUAGAGAGGACUACAAACCAGAAAAAAACGGUGCAGGCUGUAACGCAGUAAGUAAUAAAUACAAAACUACGAUUAUGUCAACCUAGACCAUUGAAUCGUCCAGUAGAACCUCCUGACUAUGCCGAUGCUAAUGGCUAUAUGUUGCAAAUAUUCUUACAAACCCAUAAAGUGCGGAGCAAACUACAAAGAAUUUUAUUCACUUGUGCAUUUAUUAUUUUAGCUGUUUAAGGAAUUAGUUUAAGUGUUGAGUGCCUAACAUUUCUCUAUUUUUGGUCGUUUCGAGUUUGCUGAAUGUUAGGCCAAACAAAUCAAAACAAUCACUCUCUUAUCUUUAAUCUCCCUAUCUCGUUAGUCGUAACUGUAAAUUCAUGUAUCCUCAAGUCCCAACGUAGAACAAAUUACUAAUUCUAGCAUUAUUGACGGUAUCAAAGGACCUAGGUGUAAGUGUACAAAAUAUGUAAAUUAUUCCAAAUAUUUUACUGACCAAACAUUCCAAACUUUAAUUAAUCCUAGAUAAUUUCAAUUUGAUAUUAUACUGUUUCUGUUGGUGUAAAACUAACAAUGAAAAAUUUAACCUUUUACAUUUAAAGGAAGGCAUUGAGUCGUGACUUUUGAGUAGGGUUGUUCUUCCUCCAAAGAGAUUGCUUUGGCCAAUGAUAUUUGCGCAUGAAAUCAUGCAAAAGUAUUUGAGAAACUUUUUCUCUGUGCCAUCAAUUUUUUAACUCGUUGACUGACGGCCAUAUCAGACCUUUGCAUCUACAAAAAUGUUUUCACAGCAUUGUCUGAAACUUUAUGCAGUGCAUCCAGGAUGCUAGGAUGAAUGAGAUAUUGGCCCCUCUUGGCACAAGAUGUGGUGCUGCUGCUCAAAUGUGUACAUUUUGCAUGUGUCAGACCCACAUAAUGAUUGUGGCGUCAGGUUUGUGUCCGAAAAACUCAUGGACAAAACAAUGGGACUAUCUAUUGAUUUUCCAUGUGUGGAGUCUGAUGUACAGAAGAAUGUUUAAAAUAAACCUGUUUUGCUGAGUCUCAGUGUAUCAUGAAGCUUUAAUUCUAACUAUCAUGAUCAAAAGUGAAAAUAAUAUUUCAAAGAAAUUUACAUUGGAUCAGCGCUAUUAUAUAAUCCUUGGAAGACAUGCAUGGUUCUGUCUUGGCACAGCGCUGGUUUUAUCAGUCCAGUAUGAAAUGUUAUCUGCCCUUGUGCAAUUUUUCUUUUCACAUUCCCUUUAAGUGAGGGUAUUUUUAAUUUUAUUAUUUUAACAUCUUAAAUUGGAUAUAGUGUUUACAACUUUACCAAGUUGUGCGUUUGUGUGCUUUGACAUUAUCUAUGAGGGUGCAACAACAACAGUAUUUUAUUAUGCCACUUUAAUGUUGCCAUCAAAGUAUCGUUUUCACCAAAUAUUUUCAAAAACAAAGACAAAGUUUUAUCCCAUUAAAUUGGAUGAUGUUUUGUGAAGUAGUAGCGAAAUUCUGCUUUGGUUUAGAGCCCAAAAUUAACAUGAAACAUAGCCUCGAAAACUUUUUCAAAUUUGUCGAAUAGGCAAAAGGCUUUUUUGAACCGGUUGUUUUUUAAUUAAACCGGUUAAAAAUUUAGUAAACUAUUGCAGCGGAAGUUUUGAACUAUUUCAGUUUUUUGUAAAUAAAAAAGAUAUUAUUUUAAGUAUUUGUUAUGGGACAUUGUACCCAAAUCUGCAGAGCAUUUUUUUCUUUUAUCUUGACUAAGAAGUAACUUUUUUAUUCAAUACCUGUACAAGAAGUUUUCGUGUUCUCACUGAAAUUUUUCAGGCUAGAUGAGAAUUUAAUGUAAUGUAAUUUAAUUGAUUUUUCAUAAACUAAGAGAAGUCCAUAGUUUCAAGGUUCAACUCCAUUAAAAUAAUCUGCUGACUUCUCCUUUAUAAGUACAUCACCAUUCAAUUUUGUUAUGCUGAGACAGAAUUCUGGACAAACUUGUUGUCUUUCAGAAAAUUGAAGGACUAAUUUGGUUUUUUUGGUGUCUUAUGUUUUUGGUUGAAAUCAUUUUUGGAAAAAUAUUGCCAGUGUGCAAUCUCGUAUUUACACCUUAAGAAGAAUAAAAAGAAUAUGAGCUAUCAAUGAACAUCAUUGAUUUAAACAAAUUGUAAUCUCAGAUUUUUUAAAAUCUCCACGCAAAUGAAAUGAAAAUCUCAAUAAUUAUGUCGGCUGACUGUGUGACGAUUUUUUUGUCUCUCUUUCUGCAACAGAAGUCAAGAAUGUAUCUGACAAUUUAGAUAUUUCAAAGAUAAAUUCACUUUGAAAGAACAAAUCAUCCAUUCGUUUGAGACUAUUUGAUUCUGUGAUGUUCGGAACUUUCAAAAUUUUUUUAGAGUUAUGUGCAUACAUUGAGAUAAUUAGAACUUUGACCAUUGAAUUUACUUUCAGUACAAAAAAUUGUUCAAUGUACAUAUUUUUAUUUUAUUUUAAACCUUUGAAUUAAUCCUUUUGGUUUCUAAUGAAGCAAAACAAAGUGAUGACCAAAAAGAGCUAUCAUUGAUUGAAAAGUAUCAAGCACUUCAAACAAUCUGCCUGUGAGUUAUGUAGAGUUUCGUUUUAAUAGAUUUGUGAGACCGACUUCUGUUGCAUGAAUAAAGUUGGUCUGCAUUAUUGCUUGUUUGAAAUCUCUUAUGAAAAUCUCAUUUGUAUUCUCCACAUACAGUUAAGCAAGAAUCUCUUCAAAUCAUGUUUGCUUUCGUUAAAAUAAUGAAUGAUUCAUGUGUGAGUCUCCCAUCUUGAAGGGACGUGGACCUAAAGUUGCGCUCUCAAAGGUUUAAGUUAAAUGUUAAGAAAAAUCAUAAAUCAUAAUCUUAUUAUUUUCUUGGUCCACUCAAAGCCAUACGUAUAACCAUAAAUUUGUGAGCCAUUACUUUCUUUGAAGUUUUUUGUUUUAAAUUAAGAUUAUCUACUUUACAACUGCUCAUUGAGUUUAAAUUGAUGUGCCUUGAAUUACGUUCCAUAAGCAGCUAGAAAUUGAAAUUCCGACGGACUGUAUUUGCAAUGAGGAACUACUAUUUUUGGCUCAUCCAUGGAAUCUCGUAUCUGCAUAGAGAAACCAAAUGGCACUUGCGUCGUUUCUAAAAUGAGCGAGACAUUAUAGUUAUUGCAAGUCUGAGGUAGUCCAAAUCAGCACUGCAUGACUUACCGACGGUAAAACUUUCAAACCACAUAUUUCGUUUGCUGUUUCCAAAUCUCCGCCCCUGGUUUUUUUUAAAGAAGAACAAGUCUACAUAAUUUCUGAAGUUUUCACAGAAUUUUCUUCGCACCAAAAAUAAAAAUCAUGGAAGUUUUAAAGAAUUCACCUGGAAUGGUUUUCCAUUAAAAAAUGAAUUAUGACAGGAAGUAUGCAAUGUCGCAAAUCUAGAUACGUGGUUUUACCGUCAUUAUACUUUCAAACUAAUUUUAAUUGAGAUGCUCUAGGGUUCCUCAAAAAUUCUUGAUUUCAUAAUUGAUACAUUCAAGGCUAUUUACAGUCCUUUUCAUAAAAUUUCUGGUAACUUUUUCAGUUUUCAUUUUAAUGCUCAUUAAAAGUUUUGUGUGUAUUUCAUAGAAGUAUUAAUGGUGAUACAGUAUUACAUGUUGCCUUCAAAGUAUCCGUCCACUUAUUUCUUCUCUUUUCAUAUUUUUAUCUCUAUGUUGUUGUUAAUCUAUUGUUGUAGGUUGGUAACACCUAUCAAUUUUAAAAAUAAGCUAAUGGCAAAAAAAUAAAGAAAAACAGAAAACGAGAGCCUAAUUUUUUAACCUUUGCCUUUGGAUCAAAAUGUUAAUUCAUGUCCGGUAACUUUCUGUGAUGGGCCAUUAGAUAAAGUUGAAAUCAAAGCAUUUCUUUCACAAUGCAUUAUUAAAUAACUGCAUCAAAAAGUUUCAAAAUUAAUGUGUGCAUUUGCUUUAGGGACCUUCACAUACUUAGGGUUACCUACUGUUCAAAGGAAGGAAAUGGAUGACAUCAUCUAUUGUUUGAUGAUUUGUCUAAUCUUGAUUAGUUCUAUUUUGAUCAGUAUUAAGUAUACAUUUUGUCAACCCUCUUUGAAAGUCAGUUUUAAACUUUUCAUCUAAACAAACUCUUCUCUUUCAGGAAAAAAAAAAAAACAGAGGGAAAGCAAAUCCUUUUAUUUGAAUCUUGUCUUCUGGCUUUUCAUUUCUGAGUAUCUUUCGCUUUUUUGUUGAAAAUAAAUCUUUAAGAAGUAUUGAAAAUUUGCAGCUUUAAUAAUUUUUCUUGUGCAUCAACUGGCUAACACACUUUGCUCUAAGUAAAAAAGCAGGUUAUCAGGCAGAUGGUAAAAUUCAGGACAUUUUAAAAUGUUCAAGCUAUCAGUAAAAUUGUAAAUACUCCAAUUGUUUUCAGGACGACUUCCUACAGUCUUGAGAUUUGGAUGUUUAAUAUCUUAAAAACUAAUGAAAUAAAUUGACGUGUAUUCCCUUCCUAUUUUUGAAAUUGCAUUAGAUUAAAUGAUUUAAUACAAAAUUUAAUACUUUAUCUUCUUCUGCCUCGCAAUUGGGCGGAUUUAACUAGAAUCUGCUUAACUCUAUUAAACGUUGUCUAAUUUUUAAUCAUGUUUUAUUUCUUCACCAGAAAACUAAGCAACAUUCUGACUUGGAAUUCCGGACUCUCAGGAAAAUUCAGAAAAAGUUUUAAGGCGUUGUGUUGUCUGGUUCAAUGUUUAAGAAUUAAAUGUGAGAGAAAGAUAGGCAACAUCAAAGGCUGAUUACAUCCACCUAAUUAGGGAGAGACAGCCAUAGAAUUUGUCCUUAAAUUAAGUUUUUUAAUCCCCAUAUUAAAGCUGUUUGAAGUACUUCAUUCAGUCCAAUUCCUGAUUUGACUACUUGCCUGGAACAUACGCGUGUUUAUGUUUUCCCUUUCUUAACUAUUUUUAUCUCACCACAAUAAAAGUCCAUUGUGUAGCCAUAACAUAAAGGUGCAGAUAUUAUUCUUUUAUUGUUUUACAAAAUUUACCCUGUAAUAUCUGUCUUAUUCAAUUUUAUUGUAUGUGUCAUCCCAAUCCUUAAAAUCUCUUUGUAUUAAAAUCGAUCAAAAAUUGCCGGUCAAUUAAAAAUUUUCAAUCUUCUUUGACAAAGUGCCGCUUUGUAUUUCUUGAAAUUUGUGUACAAAUUUGAUAUUGUAAAUUAAUACCCAUCACUUGUAAUAUUGAAUUUACAAUCUUAUCAUGUGUAAUACUCUUAAAUUUAUUGUGUGAUUAAGCAGGUAAAAAUUGUUUUAUUUUGUUAAGUUUACUCUCUCAAACUACAAUACAUAGAUGCAAUAAUUA